AUGGCUCUAUUCGCUCGCUCCGCACGCCAUGCGUUCCUCGAGUCCAGGGCGAUAGUCCAACCGACCAUCCGCCGCGCAGGAAUAACAACCGUAUCGCACAACCUCGACACAUCAAAUACCCCCGAACCGCUCAUCCAAUCCGGCCACCGCAUAUCAGACGAAGCCAAAGAGCGCGCUCAAACACCACAGCCUCUCCCCAGCGAUGCCCCUACGCCCGCUUCCUCAAACGAUGUCAAAGCCUCACCACACGCCCGCUCAGACAUCCUCUCGCAAACCCUCACACCCUCCAUCCGCAAGCUCCUCCCUCUCCUACAGACCCAGCCAGCACACUACAUAACCGCACAUCUCCAUGGCCGUCCAUAUCUCCUGACUCGCGGCGACACACUUCGCCUCCCCUUCCAAAUGCCACAUGUACGCCCCGGCGACAUUCUGCGCUUGAACCGCGCUACACACAUUGGAUCGCGAGACUACACAUUAAAAGCGCCGGAGUCUGUCAAGGGAAACGCAGACCAUGGAAAAAAGGUGUACUACCUAGAUGAGCGGUUAUUCACGUGCAGGGCGCGGGUUGUGGGUGUGGAGAGCGAACCAUUGAGAAUAGAGGAGAAGACCAAGAGGAGGCAAAGACACACCAAACACGUAAAGAGCAAACUGCAUUUCACCGUCUUGAAGAUCAGUGAUUUGGAGGUUAAGAGUUUGGAGGAGUACGAGGCGGCAUUGGGGCAAGAGGAGAAGAAGAGUGUACAAUAG